CUGACGUCAUCGAUGACAUCACAAUGUUUUUGCCGCCAUUAUGAAUACAGAUUGAAACGGACCACAUAAACAGAGGAGCAACAAGUUUAUGUGAACAAAAAAACACAUCAAAUGAACAGGAUAUGUGAUGUUGUCAAAGUUGAAGGCGGUGCACGUGCUGGGAGCAGUUCUGGCUAUCAUUGGUCUGUCACAGGUGUGUGAUGCCAUCACACGGGCAAAUAAGGACACUUUGACACAUCACAUGCUAGACACACUCGCCUAUGUUCACCUGUCUAACAAAACCAGCUUCGUAAAAUUCUGCCUACGCCGCCAUAUCUGCUCUAGCAAAGCCUUCGCCCCUAGACCAGGAUAUUUCCACUGGAAAGAUGGUACCACAAAGGCAGAAAAGGAUGUUUUUUGGCAAACAUACAAAUGCGUCCUGAAAACGGAUAUAACGCUAUGUCCAAUUGACGGCCAGUGGAGUCUGUGGGCGGAGUGGUCUGGCUGCUCCGCCGGGUGUCAGGGUGUGGGGAACAGGACGCGGGGUAGGCAGUGCAACAACCCUCUACCAGCCAAUCAUGGCCUCAAGUGUUUUGGCCGAUUUUUGGAAAAAGCAGACUGUAAUGGCCAAUGCAACGACUCUGCUAUGGCGACGGGUCUGCAGGAGGCUGGAGAACAUCUGAAGGAGGUCCACAAGGCUAUUCCUCAACUCGGCAUAGAGUGUAUGUAUGGUCACUGUACCUACGAAACGCUCAAGAAGUACCUCCCCAUCUCCAUGCGAGACAAAUAUUGGUCUGACCUGAUCUGCGCUAAAUAUAAGAGGGCGUGUCCAGUUGAUGGAGGCUGGUCAGCGUGGGGAGUAUGGUCGGAAUGCACAGUGCCAUGUGGCAAUGGUUAUCUGUACCGGCAUCGUACCUGUGACUCCCCUCAUCCUAUCAAUGGGGGUCAAGCCUGCCCGGGGCCGGUCUACGAGAAGAAAUCGUGUGUCGCGAAGAACUGUUACCAUAUCAAAGGGGAUGAGAAGGCAGUGUUUUCUGAGUGGUCCGCCUUCAGCCCAUGUUCCGUAUCCUGUGGGACAUACGGUACUCAAGUUACUCGCAGGUCGUGUCUUCUCAAGAAAAAGUGUCUUGUCCGGGGGGAAACAGUGGACAAUCUCAUCAUCAGCAGGCCGUGUUUUCAGGGAGCUUGCCCUAAAAAAGGCGGCUGGUCGGAUUGGUCAGAAUGGACUGUGUGUUCUGCCGUCUGUGGGGAAGGCAGGAAGACGCGACUGCGCAUGUGCGCUGACCCCUAUCCUUCCGGCGGGGGCGGCUGUUUUGGCCCAGAGGUUGAUACGAGUGACUGCAAGCGUUCACAGCGUACACGUCAAAACAAGUCUACACCAGGUGGAAUACCACAACUACGAGCGGCAAAACCUCGAAAGGUGACGCCUGCGUGGGGAGACCCGUACAAUCAGCCGUAUGACAGGUCAAGAGAGUCCCAGUACCAGAUGUGGUCAGAUUGGUCCACCUGCUCCAGAUCCUGUGGUGGGGGCUACAGGAAGAGGGACAGGGGAUGUGAAUAUACCGUCAAUGCCACGUGUUGUGGGGAAAUCAGGCAGAUACAGUUCUGUAACAUCGCCCAAUGCCCAGUGAAGGGUGGUUGGAGUGACUGGAUGCAAUGGUCAACCUGUGACGUGACAUGUGGCCCAGGAUCCCGCCGUCGUUUUCGUCGUUGUGAUAACCCAUUACCUGCCAAUGGUGGUCCUUGUAUAGGAGAAAAUGGCGCUGUAAGAUACUGCAGGAAUGCUCCUUGUCAAGAGCCAGAUGACCACUGGUCACGCUGGAGUACAUGGUCAAGCUGUGACAAAACCUGUGGUCAGGGACAUACUAAACGAGUUAGACAAUGGAGAGGCGAUGGGGAGGAGAAGAAGGAGGAUAUGAAGGCGCUGUGCAACCUCCACGCGUGUCCAGUGACCGGCAAGUGGGGAGCAUGGGGUCAGUGGGCGCCUUGCAGCAAAGAAUGUGGCCUUGGACACAACUUCCGUGACCGCACGUGCACGGACCCCGCGCCAUUCAAUAACGGUAAAAUAUGUCGUGGACCCGGGACUGAAUCGACCUACUGCUACAACCGACCCUGUCAAGGAAACGAAGCGGCUGUGAAGUUCAACAAAAACAGUUAUUUGACGUACAGUCCCCAUUCUAAACCAAUCCGGUAUCUGUUGAUAUAUCUCCGCUUGAAGCCACUGUCUCCGUCCGGAACGCUAGUCUAUCGUCAUCGAGGAUGCAUGGAAGGAACGUUUGACUGCGACCACAAUCUCGUUCUUAGUCUCAAAAAUUAUCGCCCAUUUUUAGGGCUGACGAUUGAUGGACGGGACAUUGAGUUAUUAGCCAAAACUUCAGUUAAGGCAUCGGAAUGGAAUGACUUGCUUGUGUUUGUGUCACGUGUCAAAAGCUACAUCCGUGUAAAUGACGGCGAACAUACUACAUUUAUCCCCGAUUCCCCGUUUUUGGAAGAAAUGAAUCUAGAUGGUUCCAUGAGGGUCGGCACUGGAGAGACCGGUAAUGACGGUUUCCACGGCGUGAUCUCCAUACUACGUAUUAAUUUCAAGGACAUCGCUCUUUACCAGUCGCCCUUCUGGUUAGGGAUAGGAGCACCUGACAAAGAAGAGUUCAUUGAGAAACAGCUAUCAGACGUUGAUGUCAACUACCCUGACUUCCGAGGCCGCCAUUACGCUCGAUUAAGCUUCCGACAUGACCGGAUGUUAAAGAUUGUGAUGACAGUGCGCAUGCGCAAAUCUAAUGGCUUCAUCUUAUAUAACGAGGGCGUAGUGCCUGGAUCCCUCAUCGCCCUGUUUUCCGAACAAGGCGCACUGAAACUCUGCUUUGCCUGUAACAAGAAAGACAUAUUUUGUCAAAAAACAUUUAUAUUCCAAACUCGAACUUGGUACUAUUUGACAAUAGAGGCUGAAGGCAAUGGCUCCGUGUUAAGGCUGGACAAAGGAGAGGCCAUGCAACUAUCCUGUGUUGGAAGAAACUACCGUCCUCAGAAAGAGGUCUUCAUAGGUGGCGCCCCUCCACACAUAUGGGCGCUCAUCACCAACCGGACAGGUGUCAGAAAGGGAUUCGAUGGCAACGUGGACAAAGUGGUCGUCAACGAUGAGACGUUCUCCUUCAGGCGUGGUGCACUGUUUGAUACAGCUGGGACCAUCAACUCCAUGGGAUAUUCCUUCUCGACACACGUGAGCAAUGUCAUCGAACAUUCAACAAGCAAGGUGACACUUCGAUGCGACUUCACAAGCUUCACCACUGGAGACCAUGAUGCAAAAGCACAGUGGUUGCUUGAAGACAGGCUCCUCAACUCGACACACGGAGUUCAUAUCAGACAAAGGCUGCCUGGUCUUCAGAAUGAGAGCUCAGUUACUCUAAUGCCAGAAAGCCACACACAAGGUCUGUACGCAUGCGUGGUGAACCAAGAUGGCCGCCUUCUCAUAACACAUGCAUUUGCUAUAACCCGAAGUAACGAGUCACUCGUUCUCAAGGUGACGCCAGAAUGGACAAUCAUCAUAGUUCUUAUCGUCAUCGUCGUCUUUAUCUUCAUCGCCGCGGCGCUUCUUGUCAAGAAGGAUGCAAUAAAAAAAAUGGCCACCGGCUCAACAGACGACAAGGCCCAAAUCCUAGAGGACAUCCACAACAGCUUAAAUAAGCCGGACCUGGUGGAACUGACGAACAUGUCGGUCAUCCAAGAAGAGGAUGAGGGCGAGGACGCAACCAUCGUCAGUGCUAUGGAUGAACCGGAUGAGGAGAUAUUGUAUGACGUCAAAGACAUAGAAUUCUCCGAUGAUGAGGAUGAAAAACAACAGGAUGUGGAUGCGACUGAGCGAAUGCAUCAACUGGGGAGUCAGGUCGCAGCAAGGUUGAUCGAGGAAAACAAAGACAAGGUCCUGGAACUCAUAUCAUCAAUGGUCAGCCUCAAUAACCUCAGAGAUGCGUCAUCAAGACACUCCCCGGAACCCUCCCCAGGACAUGUUAAAACAGAUUCAUUUCGUCGAGUUCCGUCAGUUCCCCAACCAGGCUCAUCACUUCAUGACGUUAAUUCCUCUGCAAGAAGGAACAGCAGCAGUUCCAGAGUACAAAAACGCUCAUCGCCAUCACCACCUCGCAGAUCGCCAAUACCUGGUGCCAUGGUUGAUGAUGACCAAGACAUGUCUCCAGAAAGAAGAUGGUCCGUGUCGCAUCGUUCCUCAGGCUCGUUGUCCCCCUCUCGCCGGGCAUCCAUUUCACCCCGCAGACUGUCUCAGUCCAUAUCUCCUCCCAAAGCAUCAGCUGAAUACGUCAAUAAUGCCAGACCUUUAGACUCACCAAGACAUGGCCGACCCAGUCCACCUCUCGAGUAUUCGGACCCUAUGGAGUUUUCAGAUCCACCCGGUUUUCCUCUGGAGUUUUCUGAUCCAUCCGGUCUUCCUCUGGAGUUUUCUGGUCCACCCAUGGAACCUCCAGAGCUUCCUCAUCCAUUGCGUCUACCUCCUGGGAUAUUAGGCCCGCCUACUCCUCCAGGGUUUGGUGGUGUUAGACAAUUACCCGUCAUGCAAAGUCAAAGGGGGACACCUCCACCAAGUCCGCCUGAGUUACCCCCACCGCAUUAGUAAAGACGUGGCGAUGUGGAAUAUUCAUUGAAAAUGAAAAGUUUCAACACUUCCUCCACACAGAGCUUUAGUGUUCAUCAUGUCCGAUAGUAAUCGUUUUGAUUGGUAUCAAUAUCUUUUAGGAGUCAUUGUCCCGAGUAGGAUGUAUUAAUGUGUUUUCAUUGGCGAGCAUUGCAGUAUGGCAAAUGUAUCAAUGACUGAUGUGUGUUUUGUUGUAUGCUUCUGUUAUAUCAGUCGUUUUGAUUUGGAUCUGUCAUGAGAUGUGAGUAUUUGUAUUUGUCCUUGGAGGAUGUCUUCCGUCGGAAAAGCACGUAUCUGAAAUGCCAUGAAGGUAUAUGAGGAAGUAACUGUUCAAUUAUGGGUGCGUUAUUAAACAACUUAUUUCUUAA